AUGGCGAACGCCCAAUGCAAUCAAAGUGCCCGGGUGCUGACCCUUCAAGGGCAGCUGAUCCAGGAGGCCGUCCUUGCAGAGGAACUGCAAAAAGCAGAGGCUCAACAACAGGGGCGCUUGCAGCGGCUCGAGGUUGAGGCCUUCCCGAAGUAUGGUGAAUUGGCUUCACGUGAUUCACGUGGCUUAGCACCAGUUCUGCCCCCCUUAAGAUGGGAAGCAUUCGGAAGCGGCAGAAGCUUGCAGGCCACGAGUCAGCUCGAGGGACGCAAAGACCAAGAAAUGUUACAGCAUUUGCAGCAGUUGCAGGCGGCCGGAGGCCCAGAUGCCGAGCAGCCCAGUGGGCAGCCAGCAUCCGUGCUGCAGUUGCGCCUGGCUCAAUUGGAGCUGGACGCACAGGCUUUGGAACAGGCAGGGCGGCCAAGCACUUGGCUGAGCGGUGCUGUGAUUCAACGAGCUGUGGCACUUGUGCUUGUGCUGACUGUCUGGCUGGUACAUGGCGAUGAGCUUCCAAGUUGCGCAGUGGUGGGCAGAUCUUUGGUUCAAAGCCAUGGCUCACCUGUGAUCUCGCGCCAGGAUCCAACAUUGACAUGGAGAAAUCUGACUUUAAUACAGGUGGCGGUUGCCAAUAAGGUCUUGGGUACGUACGCCGCCUUGUCCUCUUUCACAGUCUCGAGCGUGAACCAUGUCGCCUCAUCGUUCGGAGGCGACUUGCUGGUGUUCUUGCUAAUAUCAUUGAUUCUGGGUGGCAUUGCCAUCUCUGUUGCCGCCUAUGUCACAGAAAAGGCACGGGCGGAAACAGGCCCUUCGCCAGCAUUUACAAGGAAACAGGCAGGGCCGCAGGCAGGGAUUGAGAAGCCAGAUCCCAGUCUCAGUGAGAGUUCCAGGAAGCAAAGGAGCGUUUGUGGGGCAGAUGCAGGCCGUGUGCUGGCUCUUCCACACGCCAGCUCUGUCCCAAACUAUCCAGCCUUGUGUCCCAGUCUUGUUAAUCGAAGCAUGAGGUACCUGACUUGUGACUUCACGGUCCCUUUGAGGGGUGAACGGCAGGAGCACACGUGGCAGAUCCUUGAAGGUGAUGAGGUUCUCCUGAACAUGCGCCUCGAUGAGUUGGAGGAUGCCGGCAUGUCCUUGGAGAAGCCUGACAGAGAGCUUGUUGGCCUGGUAAGAACAAACAGGCUCCACCUGGCCGAAAGCCAUGCACGACCUCCUGAGAUCCAUUCUGCGGACGAUUGCCUCUUUGCAAACAUUUCCAAGGAUCACAUUCACACUGGGACCAUGCUACUUCCAGACCAGCUGGCUACCUAUCGCGAGCGAUACUCGCUGAAGUCCGCCUCCGGGCACACCCUCUUCCGCCUCGAGGGCAUGCUUCAGGAACAGCGGCUGGUCGUUUACGAUGGUAAUGGCCGCAUGGUUGCUGUGGUCUAUGGAGAAGGUCCGCGCAUCAUCGAGAUGCUCCCCGGUAUGGACCCUGCCUUCAUGGUUUGUGCCUUCUUUGGGAUUGAGAAGCUCCGCCUGGUCGUGCGGGCUGCUUCCGGGAGUGAGCGUGGCAGCGAGCAGGUGGCAUUCGAGGCUAUCGUUAGCAAAGAGUCAAGCCAUCUAAAGCCCAGCUCAGCAGCGCCCGAGGAGCAUCCACCCAAAGAGGUGGUGGAGCGCGAGCUCCGCAACUCCCUUCCUCCAAAUCAUCCAGUGCUGCGGCGAACUCCGCAUUUCGACGACCUCCUUGCCGCUUUGGAGCUUGAGCCGCUUGCCGAGUUGCAGUCAUCGCAGUCUCUCUUCUUCUCUCUGAAGGGAAAGAUUUUGGAGGAGCUCAGAGAGGAUUCGGCGGUGUGGCAGGCUGGAAAGGUUUUUGAGAACGCGCCGUCUGCAGAGGAGGCCACACGGCGUCGGAGCCAGAAGGCCCAGGCCGUGGCCGAGAUCGACGACUUGCAUGCCCAGGCGGCCACAGCGCUGCAGCUGACCAGCCAGGAAGCCCUCGGAGCAGAGGGCGUCAGCAUGGAUGUCGUAGGAUCUCGUCCAUGUGAGGCGGAGUGGCGUCGAUCGCAGAACUUGAUGCCGUGCUCCGCUUGGCAGAAGACCAGAGACCUGGUCGGCUUGAGCUCCAAAGCGAGCCAGGCCCCGGAGGCGGCCGAGGUCUUGUUGGCCAACCAGGGCCUCCGCCAGAACAUUGAGCGGCUGCAGCAGGAGAAGGUCUCGAGUCAACCGGGCCAAAGCAUUGGCUCACAGGGGGGAAGGGGGUUUCGUGCAGCUGGAACCUGCCUCGGCUCCGUUAUGGAGGACAGCCUGUACGACGAGUUUGGGAACUACCAAGGCCCCGAUAUUGAUGAUGACGAGGACGAGGACGAUGACGACUUACUUGGAGGGUUAGACGACGAGGAGAAGGGCAAGGGAGAUGAUGAUGGCACAGGUGUUGGUGACUGGGCUGAGCAGAGUGUCUCUGUGAACACGCUGGAGAAGCUAGAUUUCUUGCAGGGGUUGCGGGGAGCGGAUGUUCGACGGAACGUGUUCUCCGAGGUGAUGCGCCCAUGGAAGGGGCUUUACGUGUUUUUUCAAUAUGCAGCUAUGGUAAAUGAGUACCACAAGCAUGUGCCUUUGCGGCUCGACAACCUGUACUACCCAGAUGCGGAAGAGCUAUAUGGUGAUGCAGAAGCUUUGGUGCAAAUGGAAGACACCCAGCCUCUGACGGAUCCCAUCAUUACGCCCGUUCAGUCCAAGAAUUUCGACCUCUUGGAGAAAAAGAUGCCAGACACGACCUUUGACUUCAACUUCCUUGCUGCCAUGAUGGACAAGCCUAACUUGGUCCGUAACAUCUGCUUCUUGGGUGCCAUGCACCACGGAAAAACCACCUUCAUGGAUCUCCUCGUGCUGGCAACGCAUGAAAAGGAUUGGAAGGUGGGUAAGGAGAUCCGCUACACGGACUCGAGAGCAGAUGAACAGGAACGUGGCAUCACCGUGAAAGCCUCCUCCAUGAGCUUGGUGCUGCAGGAUUCCAAGGACAAGUCCUACCUCUUCCACGCAAUGGACACGCCCGGCCACAGCAAUUUUCAGGACGAAGUGAUUGCGGCUCUGGCGCUGUCUGACGGCGUCGUGCUUGUGGUUGACGUUGUUGUCGGGCUGACCCAGCACGUCGAGCGCAUGCUCAAGCAUGCAUUUCAGGACAACCUGAAAGUAGUGCUGGUCAUCAACGGCCUCGAUCGUCUCAUCAUGGAGCUGAAGCUGCCCCCGACAGAUGCCUAUCAUAAGUUGCGGUAUUGUAUUGAAGACAUCAAUGAGACCAUGGAGAAGCUGUAUGACUCCGCCGGAACGGAAGUCGACGAGCGCGUCUACUUCUCGCCGUUGAAGGGGAAUGUGAUCUUCUCCUCUGCUCAGUUCCGAAUGAUGUUCACCUUGGAGUCGUAUGCUGCGAUUUAUGCAGAAACACAUGGCUUCAGUUUUGACCAUCUGACUCUUGCCAAAUGCCUUUGGGGAGACAUGUACUUUAACGCAGACGAGCGGAAGUUUCAGAAGACUCCUCCAGAUGCGGAGCAGCCACGAUCCUUUGUGCAGUUCGUCUUGGAGCCGAUCUACAAGAUCUUCGCUCACUGCCUCGGUGAGGAGAAGGACGACCUUGCGCAGACCCUGGCGGAGGUUGGCAUCUAUCUCCACAAGCGAGACUAUGAGCUGGACGCCCGCGCGUUGAUUCGCAAAGUCUUCCAGCAGUACUUUGGUUCGGGUGGAGGCCUGCCUUCCUUCGUCGAUAUGGUUGUGAGGCACAUCCCCAAUCCGAAGGAAAACGCUGCGAUCAAGGUGGAAAAGCUGUACUCGGGCGAUCAGGAUGGUGCGGUGUCAGAAGACAUGAAGAAGCUGGACACCACAGGAUACUUGAUGCUCCACGUGGUGAAGCAGUACCAUCGGCCCGAUUGCAAUGCCUUCGAUGUCUUCGGCCGUGUUCUUUCUGGCACGGUCUUCCGCGGCGAUCGCGUGAAGAUUCUGGGAGAGACCUACUCGCUAGAUGACGAUGAAGACAUGGCAAUCAAGGAGAUUCAAAACUUGUGGAUCUUGGAGGGCCGGUAUCGUGUGGAAGUUAGCCAUGUGCCAGCCGGAAACUGGGUACUCAUAGGCGGCAUCGAGACGUGCAUCAAGAAGACCGCGACCAUCACCACGGCCUCGAACGAGGAAGAGGUCGAGAUCUUCCGCCCGCUGCGCUUCCCCACGACCCCGGUCAUCAAGGUGGCCAUCGAGCCGCUCCAGCCUGCCGAACUUCCCAAGAUGGUGGAUGGUUUGAGGAAGAUCGACAAGGCAUAUCCGCUGUCAAAGACCAAAGUGGAGGAAAGUGGUGAGCACGUGUUGCUGGGCACCGGGGAAGUCUACCUGGACUGCAUCUUGCACGACCUUCGAAGGCUUUAUGGCGAUUUGGAGAUCAAGGUGGCCGAUCCCGUUGUGGAGUUUUGUGAGACGGUGGUGGAAACCAGCUCCCUGAAGUGCUUUGCAGAGACGCCAAACAAGAAGAACAAGAUCUACAUGGUAGCAGAGCCCUUGGAAAAGGGUCUCGGUGAAGAUAUCGAGAAGGGCAAGGUUAGCAUCGAGUGGAACAAGCGCCGCAUGAGCGACUUCUUCGUCAAGAACUACGACUGGGAUCUCUUGGCCUCCAGAUCGGUGUGGGCCUUUGGCCCGGAGGUGAACGGGCCGAAUGUUCUGGUGGACGACUGCCUGCCAAGCGAGGUCAACAAGAGCUUGUUGGUGCAGAGUAAGGACAGCUUGGUACAGGGCUUCCAGUGGGCCACGAAGGAAGGUCCCCUCUGCGAUGAGAAGAUCCGCAGCUGCAAGUUCAAGAUCCUCAAUGCCCAGAUGGCAGAGGACGCCGUGCUGCGCGGCGGCGGCCAGAUCAUUCCCACGGCGCGGCGGGUGGCCUACUCUGCCUUCCUGCUGGCCACCCCUCGCCUUAUGGAGCCCGUGAUGUUCUCGGACAUCGAGUGCCCGGCAGACUGCGUGGCUGCCAUUUAUAACGUCCUCUCCAGAAGGCGCGGGCACGUCAUCCGAGACCUGCCGAAGCCCGGCAGCCCGAUGUACUCGGUCCACGCUUACUUGCCGGCCAUGGAGUCGUUUGGCUUUGAGACGGAUCUUAGAACGCACACAUCCGGACAGGCAAUGUGCCAGACGUUCUUCGACCACUGGGAGCAUGUGCCCGGUGAUCCGUUGGAUCGAUCCAUCCUACUGCGUCCACUGGAGCCAGCGCCCGCGCCGCACCUGGCAAGGGAGUUCAUGCUCAAGAUGCGGCGGCGAAAGGGCCUGAGCGAGGACGUGUCGGUCCACAAAUUCUUUGAUGACCCGAUGCUCCUGGAGCUGGCCAAGCAGGACGCCGAGCUCAGCUCUUACUUCUGA